AUGGGGGUGCCAUCCUUGCUGCUCUGUGGGGUGUCUUUUCUGCUUCCAUUCAUUGUGACAGCAGAUACAUGCGAGGAUGCUGAAAUGCACCCCAAAAUGAUUUCAGAGGGCCAGCCUUUUGCUUUCAAUUGCACAUACCCCAUAGUAACAAAUGGGGCUGUCAGUCUGAUAUGGUACAAAACACCCAACAAGAGUCCAGUGCCCAGCAACCAGCAGCUUAGAGUCCACCAGGACCAGUCCUGGAUUUUGUUUCUUCCCUUGGCACAGGGGGACUCAGGCAUCUACCAGUGUGUUAUAAGGAAUGCCCACAGCUGUUACCGAAUAGCUAUAAACAUAACCAUUUUUAAAAAGAAUUGGUGUAACUCAUCCAUGGAGAGUCCCAUGAAUUCAGCAGACGAGUACCAACAGACGUUACCGAUUGGAAUGUCGGGCAGUCUGGCGUGUCAUCUGACCUUUCCAGACAGUUGUGUUUUGGAUUCAAUAAAGUGGUAUAAGGUAAAAACAAACAAACAAACAAACAAACAAACAGAACACCACCACCACCCUCUAUUGAUAUUGCUUUUUCCUUAUAUAAAACCCACUUUUUAA